CCCAUCUAUCUCCCUUUGGUUUCCAGUCCUUCGUUUUCUGUAUCCGUACCUUCCCCUCCCCCUGCCGACUUCUCACCUCCCCCUGCCCUGCCCUGUCGCCUCUUGCCCUGGCGUUGCGUGUCUCUCUCAUUCUCUCUUACUUCCACUCUCACUCACUGUGUCUCUCCCCCCUCUUAAUCCACCAAGUGACUCCACCAAGUGACUCCACCAGACGGGCGAAAAAGAACGAGACUGCGGGUUGCAAUCAGCCUCUGGGGCUCGAACGUGCCGGUUGUCGUUCCAGUUGCUCGAUCCGCUUUUCCUCCAACUCCAUCUGCUAUCCUUCCCUACCUAUCCGGUAUUUUGCUUUUUUACCUUUUCCCUCUCUUCUACGACCCUGUCUGUUCACCCAUCGACGAAAUACCUGGACUUUGCCCUUCCACUAUUACUACUACUCCCUGCACUCCCCAGCACCACUGGAUACGAAUACAUCUACCUACCCUUCCCUUCCGUUCAUCCCCUUCCCCUCGGACGCUCUCUUCUCGUUCUUCCUCCCCACCGCUGCCCUCCCGACUCGAACCAAUAUAUACAACCUACUCAUCUCCCCCCCGCCGCCGCCAAGUCGGCCAGUUCCUGACACCCGUUUGCGUUUCCAAAUGCUGCGAUAUCUGUUUCUGCCGUCGCCCGCCCUCGACCCUCGUCACUGACCCUCACACGCAUUUUCCGCCAGUCCCCAGCCAGCGCCAGCCAGUUCUGCUCUUCCGUUCCGUCCUACAUCGUAUUGUACCGUACCGUACCGUAACGCACACCAUACCAUACCAAACCAAACCUGAUCUAACCAAGCUCUCCGCCUUUUUCCACUGGCGAAUCCCCCCUCCGCGCAUCGCUCCAGUCACCGCCUUUGUUUCUUGGGACGCCACCGCGCUAGGUCCUGAGCCACCGAAAACCUGCGCCGUACACCCAACGGCCUGGUGUAGAACGAAUAAGAAAAAGGGGACCGACCGUCAUCCGCCGUCCAAAACAGACUGCCUCCCCCCCUCCCAUUCCUACUUUGCGUAGCUGUGGCCCCGAUCCCGACUACUUGGUCCACGAUCUACCACCUUGCUGCUAUCACUUUUCACUUAUCCACAUACAAUAACAACACAACAACACGACAAUUUCACCUCCCAACACCGGAUACUUAUGACCGAUCUUGCUUGCUUCUGCACCGGAGUCACGGCGAUUAGGGACUAACGUUCCUCAAUUCGCCCAUAAGCUUUCACACAAUGGCCGUCGUUCUAUCAUCAGAGGAGAACACCUACUUCUCCUCCAAUCUCCGACGCUCACAUUCGCAACCCAAGUUCGUCACAAAACAAUCCAACUUUCACUCGUCAGCAACCUCGGCCAGCCACAUCAGCGACGCUUUUGACGAUUCAAAAGUCUAUCCAGACUCUGCGCCGUCCUCCGCGCCGUCGUCUCCAAGGACCGCCCACGCCGAAUCCACCGACCUGUCUUGCUCAUCGACCCCUGCGAGUAACGUCUCCAUUGCGUCCGACUGCGAUGAUACAUUAGAUCUCGCCGUGCACGCCAACGAUCACUUCGUCUUCCCCCACUACGAGGAUUCCGACUACUUCAAUCACCCAGAAGACCUGGAGGCGCCGACAAGUCCCAAGACUGGCGACUCGUACACCGUCUCGCCGGUUGACAACGAGACGGAGGGCGACACCUCCAGGCCCAACACGCCCGAGUUCGUUCUCGAUGUGGAACACGCCGAAGACGACACGGCUGUCCGGGCACAACCCUCACGUCACGUCGACUAUCUCUCCCACAACUGGAAAGAGGAGGACAUCUGGUCAUCAUGGAAGUUUAUCGUGUCCCGGAGAUCCGAGUACAGCAAUGCCGCCCGCUUGGAGAAUGCGUCGUGGAGAACCUGGAUGAAGGCGAAAAACAGGCUGAAGACGGUUUCGCCAGAGACGCUGAACUGGCUGAAGGAUUGUGAUGUCACUUGGCUUUACGGGCCCCUGCAGACCGGUCCCAAUACGCUUAAUCCCAUCACGACGGAUCCAAACAGCGCCAGGCUCACCAAGAACAACUCGUUCGUGAACAAGAAGCCUAUCCUCAAGAAGCGGAGCAUGUCGGAAGUCAUGCUGCAGAGGUCUCUGUCCGCUUCCUCUCUAUUGAAGCAAGCGGCUGCCGCCGUCCAAGCUCAAGAAAAAGAUGGACGACGGCGUCUCGCCCGGCCGACCUUGGAACGGGCGACCACGGACUACGUCACGUUCCCCUUCUCAUCGAGGAGACUGAGUCGCGAGAGCUCCAAUCUGUGCCCGUCGAGCACAUCCUCGGGCAUUAUUUCACCCAGCAGCGAGAAGAAACACAUACACUUCAACGAGCAGGUGUCGCAAUGCAUCGCAGUCGACAUCAAAGGCGACGACGAUGAAGACGAAGAUGCCGGCACCGAGCGGUACGAUAAUAGCGAUUCUGACGAGGGCGCCAUUAUGAUGAAGAGGUCGCGCACCAAGAAGAAGAUGCCCCUGCUCAGGAAGAAGUCGGCAAAGAUCGCUGCCGCCGCCGAGGGCAAGACGAUCGCCAUGCUGCCGUCCACCACGCUCAAGUAUCGCGAAGAUACGCCCGAGCCGCAAGAGACGGCGAUGAAGCACAGCACUUCAUACCGGAGCCCCGUUAUGUCCCCUUCCUCGUCGCAGGAAACGCUUCGCCCUUCCAAGGGGUCGGGCAAAUUUUUCUUUGACGACGAAGACGAUGAAGAGGGAGAAGCAGCAUCGAUGGGGUGGCAAUCACCGACAAAAACCGACGACAAAUCGACAGGCCUGCAACGCUCAUCGUCAACCAACAGUCUGAACGCCGAACCAGCAGGCAUGCGUCGGACCUCGUCAGGUAUGUUCAUGCCAUAUGAAGAGGGGGAAUCAUCUUCCAACGAAGGCAUCAUCGGCCGGGUCAUUGAUACAGUUAAUACAGCCCGGGAUAUUGCUCAUGUCAUUUGGAACGUGGGAUGGAGGAAAUGAGAAGGAGAGGAUGGUCAGAGCGGUGACGGAUUGGCCCCUGGUUCCCCUUUUUGAUCAACACACGCGGACGCCAUGCGGAUCGAAGAGGCAUCAACAGAGUGGGGUGUACGAUACGGAAAGGACGGGACAAGGGAUGUCCUGCCUUGCGGAUGGCGGACAGGAUCUAUCACAUCAACUGCCGCUGCGAGGACAUAAUCAUACUUGUGCGAACGGGCUCGUGGAGGUGCUUCCCGGUUUAAUCACAACAUGGCACAUGAGAAGCAUUUCUACGCAGCGGAUCGACGAUUCAUCACCUUCGGUCGUGGGGACCUAAACGGAAUUGGCACACGACGGAACACGGGGCGCUCUCGGGUAGCGAAAGAUGGCCAAAGGGUCCGGCCAUGGGCCUCGCCAUCGUGGCAACUGGAAUGCUGCGUGGGGGUUUAAUGACGAUACACACGGAACACGCUUGUAACAAUCAUUUUGGGGGGUGAGGAUAUGGGCGAUCGGCUGGUCAUCAUCGACAUGAUCUGGGACACGAUUUUGGUUCGGGGUAUCGGGGUUCAGCAACGGCGCAUUGGGAAAGAGGGCGGAGAACAAAAGAAAAUGAUUUAUUGAUUUUUUUGGCAAGAAGAGCAGGGCCGGGUCUCGUCGGGCUAGUGGCAGCGAUCCGUCAUGUUGUUACGGCAGCCGAAGCCCGAUUGAGGGGAGAAGUGGACGAUAUUGGUACUCUGCGGUUACGACCACGGGGACUUGUCCGCACUGCAUGUCUCACCCGUGUAGGGUUUGGAUUGCCGGUGGGGAAGAGAGAUGUUCGGCGCCCUUGGCAACGAUGGCUUGCAGGAGAGCCUGGGGUGAUCGAGGCAUGCAUGGGAUGGGGUGGGCCGGGUUAGAUGCCGGCCUGCCUCUUCUCCCAUGUUCUUGCCAAUCCCGGAAUGGGACGAGACCUAGGCAACAGUACAUAGAAGGCAGAAAAAAGGCUCGAGCAAAUAAACUCGCCACGCAAAAAAUGCCAACUCAUUACCUAUACAAUUGGGGG